AUGCGGAUCUCAAACAUCGCCCAUGCAGCAAGUACCCUUGCCAUCGCAUCAGCACUCGCAUUGCCAAAUCAAGAAGCAGACAUCAAACUCUUACCAGCAACAGAGGCGAACCCUGGCGGUCUUGCCAAAAUCAUGGCUUUCCUCUUCGCCAAUGACAAGGGCACCUUCAACAACAACAUGCCAGAGACUGUCGGUCAAGCCACCAAACCCACAUCCACAUCGUCUUCAGGACCUGCUCCACAGCCUGGCGCUAUAGCGCAAGUCAUGCCAGUCAAUAUGACCAUGAUGGGUUCUGGUACAGGGAUGACAGGGUCGAGUGUUUCCACAUCCAGCAAUACGGUUACAACGCCAAAAACGCCAAACUCAGCUUCAGGCCCACCCACACCUGCAGCACCCAUGCCUGCAGCGGGUCCUGUCGUGCCUCCCACUGGUGCAACCAUCAAUACCAAUGCUACCACAAAGCCAGUGACGGCAAGUCCUGUGACAAGCAAUACGACUCGUGAGACGAGCGAAAUGCUUGGCACCAUGCCACCCAUCACCAACACCACCACCACCGGUAGUACUUUGACAAAACGUGCUUUUCCCAAUGGUCCUAAUGGUCCCAAUGGAGGUCCAGCAAAAGGUUUCACUGGCGCCAAGCCCCGUCCAAACAUGAAUCUCCCACCUGGUAUGGUUGGGAUGGUGGCUUCCAACCCGUACAAUCAUCCACUUCAACAAGUAAGGAAGCGCGAUGUGCCUGAUCUUUCUCGUGAAGAGAGUCAAGAUUUCGGCAUGGAGUCUUUGGAAGCAGCCAGUGCAACGCCACCUGAGGAGCUUCAGCCCGUCUUGACGUCUCCAGCCAUGGACGACGACGAAGAGGAUCAGCAAAUGACAACCGAGACGUCCGGUAAUGGUAGCGAUUCUCAAGCGGUAGCAGCUCAAGGCACUUCUCUGGAUGAUCCUGCCCAGCAAGUGGCUGAACAGGUGUACGGUGAUGCUCCAGCAUCAAGCGAUCGCGCGACUGCCAACUCGAACGACUAUCCGACGACCUCAUCGAUUGGCUCACAGUCAAAUGGAACUUCUGGUUCUGGAGCUACACCUGCAUCUGCAAGUGGCACAUACAACUUGCAACGUGCAGUGACUGAUCCCUCGUAUGGCUCUGGCGCUAGUCCUGCAUACCCUAGUCCAGCGAGCUCGCCAACAGGUGCUAGCAAUGGCAAUGCACAAAAUGGAACAGCUUCGAGCGCAAAUGCAUAUCCAGCGCUGCACUCCAACGACGAUGACACCGAUUCGACGAUCGACAUAACCGCAGGCGGUGCAUAUGCCGGUAUCAACAGGAGCAGUCACAUCAAGCCAAAUGGCACCGUGAAUGGAACGCCGUAUGCGACAACUUCGACUGGCGGUGUGGCGUCUACCACAACAACGACGCCUACCGGUGUGAUGAGCUCAAUUGUCGCAAAUGGCACCACCAUCAAGAAGUCUGGCGGUGGGCAAGUUACCCUCCGCGGUAGUACGCUGGCCUUGUGCAUCUUGGCUGGACUGCUUUUCUUCUAG